CAAAUAAGAGAAUCUCUCAAAUAAAAAUUCAUAUUUGGGAGCAGAGUAUAAUUCUGAGUAUCUUACGUACAAGGCAAAGUCCCUCACAUCCAUUAUAAAUCUGACAGUUCUAUCUUAAAACAUUUGUCAUAUUCUCUCAUUUCUCCUUCAAUAAGCUUCUCUGUGGUUGCUUGCAAUGGCGGUUUGGUUGAUGUUUGUCAUGUUGGCCUUCGCCGGAAUGUUGAGUUGUGGCGUUUCUUAUGAUAGACCACUGCCCCGGCCGUCCCGCUUUGUCCGGCUGGCGGAGGAACUCGAUUCAACUUCUCCACAACAGGUGCACAUAUCUAUGGUGGGAAAUGACCAGAUGAGAAUAUCAUGGAUUACAGACGACGCUAAUACUCCGGCAACAGUCAGCUAUGGUACAUGUCCAGGGAACUAUGCUUUCUCAGCAAAAGGGACUUCAUCUUCUUACCGAUAUGUUUUGUACGAGUCUGGUGAAAUUCAUGAUGUGGUCAUUGGUCCAUUGAAACCAAGCACUGUCUAUUAUUACCGUUGUGGCUCUGAUUCAAACCCUGAACUCAGUUUCCAAACACCCCCUGCUCAAUUUCCUAUCAACUUUGCCCUUGCAGGUGAUCUGGGGCAAACGGAUUGGACAACCUCAACCCUUGAUCACAUUUCAAAAUCAAACUACGACGUGCUCCUACUACCAGGGGACUUGUCAUAUGCUGAUACAAUCCAGCCACUUUGGGACUCAUUUGGCCGGCUGGUCGAGCCCCUCGCUAGCCAGAGGCCGUGGAUGGUCACACAAGGCAACCACGAGAUCGAAAAAAUCCCAGUGAUCCACUCUCAGCCCUUCACCUCCUACAAUGCCAGAUGGCACAUGCCAUUCGAGCAAAGUGGCUCCAAUUCCAACUUGUACUAUUCGUUUGAAGUUGCCGGUGUCCAUGUCAUUAUGUUGGGCUCGUAUACGGAUUUUGGUCCAAGCUCGGCUCAGUAUAGCUGGCUGCAAUCCGACUUGAGGAAGGUUGAUAGGACAAAGACACCUUGGUUGGUAGUGCUCCUCCAUGCACCGUGGUACAAUUCUAACACCGCUCAUCAGGGGGAGGUUGAAUCGGUUAACAUGAAGGCGGCCAUGGAAGGUUUGCUUUAUGGAGCUCGGGUUGAUGUCAUAUUUUCAGGACAUGUCCAUGCAUAUGAGCGCUUUACUCGUGUUUACAAAGAGAAAACUGACAACUGCGGUCCAGUAUAUAUCAACAUUGGGGAUGGUGGCAACCGCGAAGGCCUCGCCAAAAAUUAUAUAAAUCCAAAACCCACAAUAUCAGUGUUCAGGGAGGCCAGUUUUGGGCAUGCGCAAUUACAAGUGGUGAAUGCAAGCUAUGCACAGUGGACAUGGCAUCGCAAUGACAACGAUGAACCAGUUGUAGCCGACUCUAUAUGGUUAAAAAGCCUUUCAUCUAAUCCAUCUUGUAAGAUGUAAUGUAAAACUUAAUGUGAAGAUGUUUUUGUUGUUUUAUAUGAACCCAGUAGUUCUUCAAAAGGGAAUUACAGAAAUAUGGUAAUAGAUUUUGGUACACAUCAAAUGUUUAGUUCAUUUGGGACACGGAUCCUUCCAAGUUAGAUUAUGAAGUUCACAGUAAGAUAAACAUUUUAUUAGGUUAUGUGUGAAUUCAGUUUUAUAAUAGAUGAUUUUGAUCUCA